GGGCGUGACUUGUGGUUGUGGGCGUGGCCAGGACGCGGCGGCGACGGUGGUUGACUCGGUGCUGGAGCUGGUGGCGGAGGCAUGGAGGCAGACGAGGGGAUGGAGCUGCCGCCCGGCUCGGUGCAGGACCAGGGCCCGGAGGAGGACGCGCGGGCCCUGGACGAGUUCGUGGCGCUGCACGGCCCGGCUCUACGCUCGUCGGGGGUCCCGGAGCGCUACUGGGGCCGCCUCCUACACAAGUUGGAGCACGAGGUCUUUGACGCAGGAGAGAUGUUCGGGAUAAUGCAAGUGCAAGAAGUGGAGGAGGAGGACGGGGAGGCUCAGGAGGUGCACAGGAAGAAAGCCAACCCUGGUGGUGAGCUCUGCUACAAGGUCAUUGUCACCAGCGAGAAUGGACUGCAGGCUGCCAAUCCCAACAGCGUCUUCCUCAUCGACCACGCCUGGACAUGCCGUGUGGAACACGCCCGCCAGCAGCUGCGACACGUGCCUGGGCUGCUGCACCGAAUGUCCAACCUCAUGGGCAUCGAGUUCCACGGUGAGGUGCCCAGCACCGAGGUUGUGGACCUGGUGCUUCAGGAAAUGUGGAAGUUCAACCAGACCUAUCAGCUGGCCCACGGGACGGCCGAGGAGAAGGUACCCGUGUGGUACAUCAUGGAUGAGUUUGGCUCCCGCAUCCAGCACUCAGACGAGCCCAGCUUUGCUACAGCACCCUUCUUCUACGUGCCCCAGCAGGUGGCCUACACGCUGUUGUGGCCCCUGAGGGACCUGGACACAGGCGAGGAGGUGACCCGCGACUUUGCCUACGGAGAGGCAGACCCUCUGAUCCGGAAGUGUAUGCUGCUGCCCUGGGCCCCUGCAGACCUGCUGGACCUCAGCUCCUCCACGCCUGAGCCACCUGACCAGCACUACCAGGCCAUUCUAGAAGAAAACAAAGAGAAGCUGCCAUUGGCUAUCAGCCCAGCAGUAUAUUCCCAGGACCACGUCUUCAGGGUCUACUCAGACAUCCGGCAGGUGCUCAGACACCUCACCCACCCGCGCUUCGCCUUCACCCCGAACGAGGCGGACGCAGACAUCCUCUACAACUUCUCGCACUUCAAGGACUACAGGAGGCUGAGCCAGGAGCGGCCGCGCGUGCUGCUGAACCAGUUCCCCUGCGAGAACCUGCUGACGGUGAAGGACUGCCUGGCAUCCAUCGCGCGCCGGGCGGGGGGCCCCGAGGGCCCGGCCUGGCUGCCCCGCACCUUCAACCUGCGCACCGAGCUGCCCCAGUUUGUCAGCUACUUCCAGCAGCGUGAGAUGCGAGGCGAGGACAACCACUGGAUCUGCAAGCCCUGGAACCUGGCGCGAAGCCUGGACACCCACAUCACCAGGAACCUCCACGGCAUUAUCCGGCAACGAGAGAGCACCCCCAAGGUUGUGUCCAAGUACAUUGAAAGCCCCGUCUUGUUCCUUCGAGAAGACGUGGGGAGGGUCAAGUUCGACAUCCGCUAUGUGGUGCUUCUGCGCUCUGUCAAGCCCCUGACGUUGUUUGUGUAUGACGUGUUCUGGCUCCGAUUCUCUAACCGGCCCUUUGCCCUCAACGACCUGGACGACUAUGAGAAGCACUUCACCGUCAUGAACUACGACCCGGGAGUGGCGCUGAAGCAGGUGCACUAUGAUGAGUUCAUCCCAGAGUUUGAGAAGCAGUACCCAGAAUACCCCUGGAAGAACGUCCAGACUGAGAUCUUCCGGGCCAUCACAGAGCUGUUCCAAGUGGCAUGUGCCAAGUCACCACCCCUGGGCCUGUGUGAUUAUCCCUCGUCCCGGGCCGUGUAUGCUGUCGACCUCAUGCUGAAGUGGGACGACCACCCAGAUGGGAGGCGGGCGAUGCAGCCACAAAUCCUGGAGGUGAACUUCAACCCCGACUGCGAGCGGGCCUGCAAGUACCAUCCCACCUUCUUCAACGACGUCUUCAGCACCUUGUUCCUGGACGAGCCCAGCGGCUGCCAUGUCACCUGCCUGGUCUAGGUGCUUGGUAACCGUCCUGCUCCCAUUUGCGGGUGGACUCCAGUCUCAAAUUCUCCAAGCUGCUUCUGUGAAGCCCCCUGCACCCCUUCCCCUCCCAUCCCUCCUGCCCCAGCCAGGCCCUCAGAACCAGUGAGUGUUGUCUGUAAGUCACACCCUGUAAGUCAGAAGUGGGGAGGGGGGUAGAUAUAGCAGCCCGGGGCUCUGGGCAGGGCCAGGCCUAUCUGCACGCCCUCACAUUUGACCGUCAGUCUCCACUCAGUGAAGGAGUCUGGGAGUGGGGUGUUGACCAAAACAGGUAGCUGGAGGGGGAGUGGGGUAGGGUGGGGGGCAAAGGGUUCUCAUGAGCUCCCUGAGUACCAGGCCAGUGCACCUCUACAUGAUGGCUCAUGUGAGUAACUCCCCAGCGGAGCCAGGGGGAGUCCAGAACUCCGUGCAGAGCUCACUGGCCCAAGCUCCUGCCCCCCUGGACCAGAGUCUUUACAGCAAACCCCGGGCACUUCCCAGCAGACUUGGCCUCUGGUCCCUGUGGCCACCCUACUGGCCACCCUCUGCAGUGGUUCCCACCCAGGACCCCCAUGGGCAGCUGGGGAAGGUGAUCAUAUAGCUUUACCUAAGGUCAGGCCUCUUCCACGGGGUCAGGAAUCAAACAUGUUGGAUUUAGCUUAUGUGUUUCAUUUCUAGGAGGAAAGUUUAAGGUUCUGACAACUCAUUCCUGAAGCUUGGGGUCAGGAACACUCAGACUGUGGUCGCUUAGAAGGACUUGAGGGGAGCAAGUACUUGUUUCUUUCUGAAGCCAAAAAGGGAUCCUUAUAGAGAAACUGGAUUUGACGGCCUCCCGUCUGUCUUGAAUGUCUGUCCAUCCUCUCUGAACUGGAAUAUUAGGACCCUGCUGAACUUCCUAUCCCCCAGCCACAUAGGGGUGUAGUGAGCAGGUCACUCCCCUUGGGAUUUCUCCCCAGAGAGUUCCUGGCAUCUCCCCUUAGCUCUGUUUGUACCAUGAUAAAGUAUACUUUCUCUA